CCUCCCGUCAUCCACUUUGACCCCCGCUCUCUGGUGCCUCUGGCCUUCCUCUCUGUCCAGGUCUCCACCCCAGCCUCGGCAAUGACCCUGGCCGCCUCCUCCCAGCGCUCCCAAAUUAUCCGGUCCAAGUUCCGCUCUGUCCUGCAGCUUCGGAUCCACAGACGGAACCAACACUGCACCUCUGAUUCGGAUCCGUGGAUCUCAGCCUCAGGCCCAGCUCUGGCUCCAGCCUUGCCCUCUGUCCCUGCUUCGUUCCUUGUCAACCCUGGCGUCUUGUCCCCAGAGCCAACAUGUUGUCCUUGGAGGUCCCCAAAGAAGGAACCUCCUAGGAGUUCUCCACACUGGAAGGAGCCCAAGGUCAGGGGGAAGUUGACAUACCACCUGUACAUGCCUCCCGAACGGAGACCAGGACCCAGGGCAGAUCUCCCAGCGGAGAGGUCAACCCUGGGUCUCCCGGAACCACCUCUGUGGCAUGAGAAAAACUCAGAGAAGCCACACCCUCGGAUGAAGCCGUCCUCACCAGGAGUCUCCAGUCCCUCACCCACUCCACACAAGCUGCAACUUCAGACCCUUAAACUGGAAGAGCUGACGGUCUCGGAGCUUCGGCAGCAGCUGCGCCUGCGGGGACUUCCGGUGUCCGGGACCAAGGCGAUGCUCCUGGAGCGCAUGCGUGGUGGCGCCCCGCCCAGAGAACGGCAGAAACUCAGGCGGGAGGACAAAGAGUCCGCUGUUCCCUGGCCUCGCCUUAAGGCCAAGGCGCUGGGAACUACCCGGCGGCCCGGCACGGUGAGGGCAGCUCCUGCUCUGACUUUGCCUUCUGCUCUGGCUCCCGCUCCGGCUCCGGCUCCGGCUCCCGCUCCGGCUCCGGCUCCGGCUCCGGCUCCGGCUCCCGCUCCGGCUCCGGCUCCGGCUCCGGCUCCAGCUCCCUUCCCAACACCACCUCCAGCCAGCCUGACUCUGGAGGAGGAGCUGCAGGAAGCGAUCCGCAGGGCGCAGCUACUUCCGAACCCGGGCAUCGAUGACAUCCUGGAAGACCAAGUGGAGCCAGAUGACCAGCUGCCUCCCAUCCCCUUGGAUUUCCCUGGCUCGUUUGACGUGCUGUCUCCCUCCUCGGACUCGGAAGGCUUCUCUUCCGUCUUCUCUUCUUCACUCCCGUCCCUCACAAGCUCCCUGUCCCCUUCUCCGAGGACCCUCACGGAUUCCUUGGACUGGCUGGAGGCCUUGAGUGGGGGUCCACCGCUGGGCUCUGGGCCUCCAGGCCCCAGCAUCUUCUCUGCGGACUUAUCUGACCCCAGUGGCACUCGGCUCUGGGAACUGCUCCCAGAUCCAUGGUGACAGACGCUGGGGUUUCCAAGGAGAGGUCAUCCCCACCCACAAGGACCCUCCAACCCCAGAGGACUCAAGAUGCCCUCAUCCCCUCCUGGCCCACAGCUGCUGACAUGUCAAAUGCCUAGACUUGCUUCCUGCCCUCUGUGUGACCCCCUCCCAGUCCGUGUAGAUGGGGGUGGGGCCUCACUUGCUACUGGCCAGUGCAAGCAAGUUACUGACCCCUUCAGAGACCUUCCUCCAGACACUGGGUGGCCGCUUGUCACCUGGGGGUCUGAUGGCGUUUAGGAAAGGACCAGGUGAGUGUAGAGUAGAAGCAAGGCACCCCUGAGUUCUGACUAGAGGUGAGUGCACCAGAAGCUACUAGUGGGAGGCGACUAUAAACUCCCUAUGACCUUGAACCUAUAAUCCCUCCCCC